AUGGGAUUAGAUGUCAAAGAUCGCCAGAUCGGCCGAACCGUGCAAUCGAAGAUCGGAGCCAAAGAGGAAUACGAUGAAACACCAGAUAAGAUCGCGAUGCCAAAGACGGAAUAUAACCCAAUAAAUAUCGCGUCCAUCGAGAAGGAGACGACGGGUGAAACGCGGGAGCGUGCAAAACGGCAGUACUAUUAUGGCCAGUUGAAGACGCUGCUCAAGACGGACCCAGUGUUCAAGAUAUUAAGGCCCAAGGUGAUUGGUCAUCUGGAUAGGCCGAUCUCGGUCCCACUUCCCGGGACCAACAAAGUCGACGAGAUCAAUGUGAUUUUGCAGAUGUUGGAUGACAUGGGUAUCUGCCCUGACGCUUUUGAUGGAGAUGAACUGCUGAGUUGCAGCUUGGAACAGUUGAAGGACGCGGCGGAUGAGUUUGUAGAGAUCAUGAUAAUGCUGGUGGGCAAAGCGAAUACUCCUGAAGACAAGAUCGGGACGCCCUCGGGCUCGCUCUGUAAACACCCCGCGGGAUCGCCCCGCUACGCCUCGGAUGACUCCGAGAGCGAGUCAGAUGGAUCCAUCAGCAUUCGUCAGAUGUCUCUAGGACCAUCGGGUGGAAGGUUUUUAAAGGACAAGAUCGGACAAGCCAAGAUCGACGCCUAUAAGGGACAAGCCAAGAGCAACAUGCCGCAGAGAUCGGCCAGUACCCGCACUGGGCUGGAGGAUCAAGAAGAGGGCGAUCUAAGUCGGUACUUCAAUUCAGCCAUGAAGAAGUACGAGGCGGAGCAACGUACAGCUCAGCGAAUGAAUCGACAGCCAAACCGCUACCCAGAUCGACGUACUUUGCUCCAACCUUCACACGAAAGCCUUGACAUGCCGGAUGUGGAGAUGGAGUCGGUGGGGUCGGACAUUUACCAACAUAUCCAUGAGGCGGCGGAAUACGACCCGGAUGAUCUAUGGAUGCCCGAACCUUGGCGCCCUCAAGUAGCCGCGACCGGUGCGACUACCGGAGGGGGAAACAUCACGCAGAGGAUCAGAAUCUCAGCGAUUUCUGAGCUGAAAGAAUUCUCAGGGAAGGAUCGGGAAGAAGACAAAGCACGGACCUGGAUCGGCAAAGUGAAAUCAGCGUUUAUCCGGGACCAAGCACCGGACGAGGAGAGAUGUCUGGUCUUCGGUGAUCUCAUGGUGGGCCCAGCCCGCUACUGGCAGUACUACCAUGCAAAGAAACGAUCGGAGGAAGAUCCUUUACAGUACCUGUAUCGGCUUAAUGUGAUGGGAAUGCAGGCGAAGAUACCGGUGAUGACUGGAUUGCCAGCUGCGCGCAAGGAACAUGUCAAUCAUUUCAUUGACACCUUGGACGACCCCGAUCUGUCCAAUCAAUUGCUACUGCUGAAUGUAGAAGACGCGGAGGCCAUGCAAAAGACACUGCACGGAUAUCAACAAGGAGAUCGCGUCAAGGGAAAGUGA